CCCGCGGGGCCGUUGUGGUGCCAGCGGCUGUUGGCUGGGGCUGUAUCCCAGCAGGAUACCGAGAUGGGGGAAACGGGAGGAGCUGUCAGAGGCCGGGUUGGACGGGGUUUGGAACACCCUGGGGUACUGGAAGGUGUCCCUUCGCGUGGCAGGGGUGGGACUGGACGAUCUUUAGGGUCCCUUCCAACCCAAACCAUUCCAUGAAUCUAAUUCUGGGCAUAUUUGACUCAAUUUGUGCCCAGAAGGCAAAAUCCCAGCAGAGCCCAGACACAAAACAGCCACGAAGAGAGAUCACAGCCUUGCAGAAGCAACAAGUCUCAGAAGAGUUGGUGAAUGUACUCUCAGUGUCUUCAUGCAGAUUAUCCAGACUGAGUUUAUGUGGCAAAACAAUGUUAAAAACAACAAAGAAAACGCCCAGCUUUGCAUUUUGCACGGAAUAUUCAUCUAAUUCCUAACUAUCAGUCCCACCCUGGCUCAGACGUGUCAUUUCCAUGUCUACAUGAGCCUGUCAAGACCUACUGGCCCAACUGAAACAUCCUUGUGCACAUCUUUCAUUACAAAGAUCAAAUUCAGGAGCAGCGGCUGGUGGAAUUCUGGCGGUGUCAGGGAUCAUCAGCUGCACAGGCCACAGCAGGAAUCAUUUGUGUUGGUUAAUAACAGCCCUUGUGCCUCUGGGGCGGUGUCAGGGGAGCCUUGGGGCUGAGAGGUGGGGAAGGAGGGUUGGAGGCUGCUGAACCGAGCAGGAAAACACCAAACCUGGGCUCCAGGAUCAAGCUGGGCUUGCUCCAGCUCUGUGGGAGAUGGCUGGAGAUGUCUGCGGCUUUUUGACCACAUUCCAGCAUGGUUUGGGCAAUAACCAGGAGCCGAGGCUCUGCCCUUCCCCACAUGGAGGGAAGGACCCUCUCCAACUCCACCAGGCUUCUCUCCAUUAUCUUUUUUCUCUUUUUUUGCCCCUGGCCUUUGUUUCUAAUGGAAUUGUAAAUGGAAAAAGGCCAAAGCUCGUCACUGCAGCUCCCACCCGAGCAGGGCUUGGCCCCACAGAUCCAACAACCUGCAAAGAGGAGCCCGGCCAGAGGCAUUCCAGCCUUUUACUGCUGUGCCAAAGCAAGCAGGGUUUACUGGUUUGGGUUUGCUUUCCUCUGUUUGCCGGCAGUGCAAAGCUACCCGAUAAUAUCUUAAACCAGAACUAGACCCGGUGCUCCUCGUUCCUGCUCUUAAAACCCGGUGGGUUCAGGCAAGGAUGGAUCACGCUGGCAGGGCAGUGAGUGAGGAUCUCCACUUCCCGAGAGCUCAGCUCGUUUUUUCCAAACACCCUCGGAUUUGGAAGUCCAGGAAGAGACAGAGAGGGGCAGUGUUGUUCCUUGCAGAGGGGUUUAUGUGCAGCAGUGACAUCCCCGGCUGGUUCCAAGCAAGAGUUUAAUCAUUAACCGGGCACCGUGGAGCAGGCAGGGGUUGUUAUCAUUCAUUAAUUACAGCUCUGAGCGUGGGCAGGCCGUGCUGAGGUGCUGACAGGGAUGGAGAUCUGCACAGGGAUGGAGCACACGGGAUGGAGCCUCUGCCUGUCCCGGUGCUGCUCCCGGGGAGAGGAUUCCCCCUCCAGCUCGGGCUUGCCAGAGGAAGGAAGAGGAAUUUCCUUUACGGGCACAGGCCGGAAGAAUAAAUUCUAAGAACUGUAACUCUCCUUUAGCAGUGGAAGGUGCGAGGCAGCGGUGCUGCCCCAGGAGGGUCUCCUGUAAUUCCGUGGUUUUAUGAUUCUCCAACACUGAGUAUUCCUGAGGGGGUCCCACCAUCACCUGUAUCCAAUUUCUUGCUCGCACAAGGCCAGUCCUGUUGCUUUGCUGCUGGCAUGGCAAUAAAUGCCCUCAGACAGAGCAGUUCUGCCGGAGCCCAGCCAAGAGUGGGGAAUUUAUGGGGCAGGUUUGGUAGGAAGCACAACAGUUGCUGCAACAGGAGCAAUCAUAUCAUGAUUAAUGGCACAAAACUGCUCGAUGGAGAUUUAUCUUCAGCCAGGGAGAUUCCAAAGUGCUCCAAUGAUUGUGUUAACACAGAAAACAACCUGCUCUUCACACCCUGGCUGACCCAAGAGGGGAAAAUCAAGACUUUGGACUUGAGAACAAAGUGGUUCCUCUAAAUCUCCCUCUGAAUCCGUCACACUCCUCACACAGGGAAUGUUGUCCUGCAGAUCCUGGGACACAGGGAGUGCUGGAGCCAGCCCACGAGUGCCACAGGUGGGUUCUUGCUUGCAGCCCAUCAUUUUUAAUUGAAGGCAAAGCAGACCAAAGCCCCUGGCAAUAACUGACCUGCCUCCAUGGUUUGAAGCUAUCAGCACAUCCACACUUCUCUCAGUUACUGGGGUCAUGCAGAAGAGGAAUUGUGUUUAUGUUCCAUCUUCAGACCCUGUGAGCUGAACCCACCUCGUUCACAUUUCGGGGCCUGGUUUGUGACAAAAAUUGAAGCAGAAACCAUCUUUUUGACCCUAAAACAGGAUCAAAACACAGACAUGAGCUCAGUGAAGGUCCAUUCAAACCACAGAUGUUUGAGGAACCUUUCACAAAGUUCUUGAUGUGAAGUUCUGCCUGGAAGUGGCUAACACCGUUUCACUACAGCUCUCUGGGGACAGGUGCUCCAUAUUAAAGCAUUCUGUCUGCAGAGCAGGGGAAUUCCUCUCAAACUCUGCGGUUGCUGCUCCUGACCCCUUUUUCCCCCUUCUGUGAUGUCACCACAUCCCUAUAUAGCUAAAAAAGACCAUUUUUGGGUCCCAUCCUCACUACAUUGGUGGCACCUCUGCUACUCCCCUGAGCAUUUUGCCCAUCUCCAGCUUGCUCAGCAAUGCACAUCAAGACCUCAGAAGAUUUUUAGUGCACCCAUUUUAAACUCUGCACAUCAAUAUAUGAAAAAAAGAAUUAAACAUCAAGAGAAAAGCAAAGGCAGACUGAGCUGCCAGCUGCAAAAACAACUUUAUUAAACUCAAUUCAAGCUGGAGGCAGAGGAGGAGAAAAUUCCCAGCACCAGAAGCAUCACAAUCUAAGAAAUCAGCAAAAUCCCGUCCCCAGCGUGAGAUUUGUGAAGUUGGCCGAGGGAACACUCGGGAGGGCUGGACAUGGUGCUUCUCUUCCUUUUAGCAGCUCUGCUGCAAGAAGAGCCCGUUUCCAGCAGCCUGUACGGCUCCAGGUUUUUGACAGGAGGGCUCGGAGGCUCCAUCACCCACCGGUGCUUCUACUCCCCCACCCCAGCCAACAAAUACGAGCGGAAAUUUUGGUGCAAAAUGGCAGCGACCGGGGUCUGCUACACCAUCAUCUCCUCCAGCAGCUACACCUCGAGCGAGUACCGGGGCAGGGUGGCCCUGGGGGACAACCCCCAGAACGGCACCUUCACCGUGACCAUGACAGGGCUGAGGAGCAGCGACGCGGGCACCUACAGGUGUGGCAUUGGCAGCACCAACGACGGGCUCUACGUCAGCCUCAACCUGACGGUUCUGGCAGAUGCCACGGUGGCGAGGCCAACCCAGCUCAUCCGAGGGGAGCUCCGUGGCUCUGUCACUGUCCUGUGCCCCUCUGGGGACACCCGAGGUGACAAGAAGAGGUUCUGGUGCAAAGUGGGCAGAAGCAGCUGCGGUCUCAUCGCCAGCUCCGAUGGCUACGUGGACAGGAGGUACCAAGGCCGAAUCCUUAUCACCCCUCAGGAGAGCUCUGGGGCUUUCAAAGUCCUGAUGAAUGACCUAAAGAAGGAAGACUCGGGGCUGUACCUGUGUGGGACACAAGGACUGAGGGGUCAGGAGAGCCCACAGGAGGUGGUUCUGCAGGUGGCCACAGCCUCCACCAUUCCCAGGAGACCCAAAUUCUUCAGCGGCACAGUCGGGGGCUCGCUGUCCUUCCAGUGCCACCACGACCCCAAGGGGACCUACGAGAAGAAGUAUCUGUGCAGGUGGAAGGGAGGGAGCUGCCCGGUGCUGCUGGACGACGAGGGAUUCGUGCUGGAGUCCUACAAAGGGCGGAUACAAAUCUCCAGCAGUGACCCCGAGCGCGGGACCUACACGGUGGUGCUGAGGCAGCUGGGGGAGGAGGACGCAGGGUGGUACUGGUGUGGGGCCAGGAGUGGGCACGAAGAGCUCACGGCCUCCCUGAAGCUGCUCAUCCACAAGGAAAUCUGCUCCUCACGAGACCCAGGAACAGCCCCUCCUGUGAGACCCUCAUCAGCAAGUCCUGCUGCCCACAGCACGCCCAGGCAUGGGAGCAUUGCAGACCUGAUGGGCACUGUCCCCAAGGGCACCACGAUGGGCACUGUCCCCAAGGGCAGCAGCACCCUGCUGCCCACUGCCACCCCGGGCACCGCUGCAACCUCCCCAGGUGAAACCUUCCAGGAGAGCUCCUCGGGGGAAUCACGGCUGCUCCCAGUUGUGUUACCAGCUCUGCUUUUGCUGAUUUGCGUCGCCAUCACCAUCCUCACCCUGGCCAAAAUCAAGCUUCUAAAGAAGCCAGGAGAAGCAGGAAGCACCACGGGGAGCCUGGAGCCAGCUUCGGCCCGUGCUGGGCUGAGUCCUGGAAGGGAGGAAAGGAUGGAGGAGAACCCGAGCCCAGGAGAAGUGCAGGAGUUCAGGAUGGGCUCUGGCAAAUGUAGGACAAUCUCUGCUAUCCUUGGGAAUAUCAGGAUGACCAGCUUCUGUCUGCCCUAUGGGGAAAAGUUACUUUUCGAGGUGCCUGAUGAAGACUGGAGCCAGAACCUUCUGUGAAAGCCCCAUGUACCCGAGCUGGGAAUUUUCCCUAUGGAAAGCCAGGGCGGAGCUAUAAAAUGCCAAGCCCCCAACAGCUCCCAUUGCUCUGCUCAGCACCCAAAUCCCCUUAACUGAGAGCUGAACCCCCAGACUGCCCAAAUUGCUCCGUGUUUUGCACAAGAGAGAAUAAAAUUAUGCACCUGAA